GGGAAUUUUCUGGUUCACUCUCGUCUCGUUUACUUGUUGGUCGUCGUCUUCGAAAUUGCAUUCCCUGCUCUGCUUGUUUUCGCUUCUAAUUUCUUUUGCGUUUUAGCUGAGAUUUCGAACUAAUUGCAUCCAAGGAUGGAAAUUAAACUGGCGACCGAUCUUUUCAAUCUUGAAGUCCAGAAGAGAAAAUACAUGGGGCGGUGCCUAGUAGCUGGGCUCUGUUUCUGGCUCUCUCUGACGUUGGUGAUUGCAGAAGAUACGGCAAACACAAACAAGUCUUCUUUGGGAGGUUUAAUUUGGUCUUCUGCAAAAGAAGAGGGCGAUCUCCUUGUCGAGAACAGGCCCCAGGAAGAUUCCACCGCCGCUACAGCCGUCGUUCACGACCCUGAUGGAUUCGAUGGCGGAUUUUAUUCCCUCGACAGCAUGUUGCAGUGGGCUAUAGGCCAUUCUGAUCCUGCAAAACUAAAGGGAACUGCACAGGAUGUGAAGCAAUUGUCUCCAAGUGCGCUAAAGAAGCGGCAGGAAGAAAUUAAGGAUCUAAUGGAGAAGUUGAAGAUGCCAUCAGAUGCAAAGUUGAUUCAAAUUGCUAUAGAUGACUUGAAAAAUUCCUCCUUAUCAUUGGAAGAUCACCACCGUGCACUACAGGAGCUUUUAGUACUCGUUGAGCCAAUUGAUAAUGCAAAUGAUUUGAACAAACUUGGGGGCAUUGCUGUGCUUAUCCAUGAGCUUAAUCAUAUUGAUCCUAAUGCUAGGAAAGUUGCUGCAUGGAUUCUUGGAAAAGCGAGUCAGAAUAACCCUAUUGUUCAAAAGCAGGUAUUGGAACUGGGGGCACUAGCAAAAUUAGUGACGAUGGUAAAAUCUGAUUUUGUAGAAGAAGCCAUCAAGGCAUUGUAUGCUAUUUCAGCUUUGAUUCGAAAUAAUUUAUCUGGCCAGGAAUUAUUCUAUGCCGAAUCUGGAGAUAGUUUGCUUCAGGAUAUUCUAAGCAACUCGAGCAUGGAUAUCCGAUUGAAAAAGAAAGCAGUGUUUCUCACAAGUGAUCUGGCCGAGACACAAUUAGAAAAAGCAGAUGAAGCUGAGAUGCCAUUUCUUGGUGACCGCCUUUUCUUGAAGUCUGUGGUUGAUCUAACCCAUUCAACGGACAUUGAUCUUCAGGAGAAGGCCCUUGUUGCUCUAAAGAACCUCCUGCUUCUGAGGACAACUGAAGCUCAAGUUUUGAGAGAAUUUUGUGGGUUGGACGUUGCUUUGCAGAGGAUGAGGGUGAAGCUGGAGGUAUUAAUGGAAGAGGAAGAUCACAGAGAUUAUGCAAUGGAUGUGGAAAGUCUGCGAAGCCAAGUGGAGUUAAUUUUCCUUGAAAAACUAGGAAAGAGCAUGCAGGUUCCAACAUGAACACGAGGAUGAUAUUAGUUGCAGCCUUAAAGAUAUGUCAUAUACAGUGCUUUCAUACUAACCUAGCCUGUUUUGAAGUGUCCCCUCGAUAGAAAAGAGAUACAUCCCAGCUAUGUCGGGAAAGUUGAAAUUUUUAUAGCAAUGUAAAGAUUUUUCCCGCAGAAUAGAAUGAAUAAUUUAUGUGAAAUUUGUAGGAUAUUAUUCGGAAAUAUUCAAUUUUUUAUUAUUUAAAAUUUAAUUGCGUCUUAAAA